AUGACUUCCUUUUUAAACAAUAAUAUUUCAGUGGCUGGCUUUCUUGAGGAUGAUGGCAACUGGACCACAGGAAUCCAGUUUACCUAGCCAGGCUGGCAAAUAGCUCUUUGGGCCAUCACAUAUUCUUUUAUAUUUAUUGCAUCAAUUAUUGGCAAUGUCACUGUCAUCUGGAUUAUUCAAGCCCACAAACAAAUACUUACCAUUUAUUUUAUUGUUAAUCGGGCUUUUUCUGAUCUUCUCGUGGCUGCUUUCAAUACAGUUUUCAGUUUCAUUUAUGCUAGCCACAAUGUCUGGUAUUUUGGUAAGGAAUUCUGCAGGUUUCAGAACUUGUUCCCUAUUACUGGAAUGUUUGUGAGUAUUUAUUUUAUGACAGCAGUUGCUGCUGACACGUAUGUAGCCAUCAUUUAUCCUCUUAAGCCCGAACUUUCUGGGAACACCAGAGUAAUCAUAGGAAUAAUCUGGCUGGUAGCUUUUGGACUUGCCUUUCCCAUAAACACUGUUUUUUUAUUGUUUGUGAGGACUAUGGUCACGGUUGUGAUAACCUUUGCUGCCUGCUGGUUGCCUUAUCACCUGUACUUCAUCUUUGGGAUCUUCAAGGAAGACAUGUAUAAGCAAAAGUACAUUCAGCAAGUACAUCUUGUAGUCUUUCUGGUUGCUAUGAGUUGUACAACAUACAAUCCAAUCAUAUCCUGCUGCCUUAACCAAAGGUUUCGUUCUGGGUUCAGGCUGGCCUUCCAUGGAUGCCCCAGCAUAGAAGCAUCUGAGAAAGACAAACUUAAACUUAUCCACCCCUCACCUUUACAGCUGUUCCACAAAAGUUAAAAAAAAAAAAAUCUAAUUCAAGCAUAAAAACGCAUUUAAAUGGAAGAGAAAAAACUAUCAAAAACUCUUCAGCAAUAAAUACUGACUUUUAAUUUGAUGGUCUAGCUUAUUAUUUAUAGUUUAAAAGCAGUAGACUUCAGAAGUCUAGAAUAGGUUAUUUAAUUAAUUUUUUGUACUUCAUUGUACCAGAUGUCAUCACCACUGAAAACAGUAUUACUAUAGUAACUGGUUGCCUUAUCCUACAAUAUCUGUAAGAGUGAGAUAUCUAUAGAAGUCCUAAAUAUCAAUGAGUUAAAAUUCAGCUUAUUCUAAUAUUGAUCAUCAUAACAGAAAAAUUAAGCAUUUAGAAUGGAAAAAAAAAAUCAGCCCAAUUGGGUUAACAGAGGCAAAUUUAAUAUAAAAAAAAUCUUUUUCCUGAUCAAAAUCUCCUUCCUUUAUAUGUUCAAAAAAACUACUACACGAAGAAGCCAACAUAUAAAAGGGUCUCAAUCCCACCAUGGGCUCCACAAUCAGCCACCCAUAAUUC